AUGGAUUCAUCCAAAGCCCAAGUCGGCCAACACACCUCAACCGGCAGACAUAGCGUUCCGAACGAAAUCCCAGAGCAGCUGCUCGACGUAUUCAAAGCAGCAGCUCUCUCCGUCACCAAGCUGUAUAAGACAUCGGCUCUAGCAGAAUCUAGAGCUAGAACUGAAGGCUAUCAAGAAUGUCUCGAAGACCUUCUCACAUUUCUUGACAAGGAGAAUCUCGGACUCAAGGACGGAGAAGGUUGGUCUGUCAGGAAAUGGGCGACGGAGCGUUUUGACGGGCAUGACAGGAACUCUCACAACACCGAGAGUGAUGACGAUAUCGAGCGAGCUGAAAGAACAUUGUCACCGGAAGUAGCAAGGCCAAGUGCGGAACCUCAGACCGUAGUGGCCAAGCGAGCCGAAUCGCCAGAAGCAAAUGUUGUUUCGAUUCCCGAAGAACCGAUGCCCAUCUCCGUCCCAUCACAGGAUAGCUUCACCUUUCAGUCUAGUCACCCAUAUCCAAAUAUUGCUACACUGGACCUGUCGGAUUCCCGGGGCCGGGACGGUCAGUCGCUGUCGACGGGACGAAGCUCAAGAUCGCGCUUGAACGGACACAACCCAAAAUCAGGCUCCCGAGGGGCCGGGCAUUUAGGCAAGGGAGCUGGAACGAAGCGAAGGUGGGACUUUGACGACUUUUUCGGCGGCUGUCUGGGAGGCAAAGAUCCGUUUGCCAAUGGGAGCAAGCGAAGCCGACAUUCUUGA